AUGUUCAAACCACCAGCCUCCCACAGCCUGAACGUGGGCCUCAGCGAAAACUUGAGAGCUGGGCGCGUCUGCGGCCUCUCUGGACCCCAGCCUGGGUCGCGACUGCGGGAGGCCAGAGCGCGGGCGAUCGGAGCCCGGCCGGAGGAAGGAGUGCCUCUCCUGUGGGCCAGUCGGGCCCUGCCGGCUUUCCCAGGGCCCCUGGCUCCCGCCAGCUCCGAGCAGAUGCGGACGCUCUUCGGCUUCCUGGGCAAGAUCGACGAGCUGCGCCUCUUCCCGCCCGAUGACUCACCUUUACCAGUCUCAUCUCGUGUCUGCUUUGUUAAGUUCCAUGAUCCAGAUUCCGCAGUUGUGGCACAGCAUCUGACAAACACUGUAUUCGUUGACAGAGCUUUGAUAGUCGUACCGUAUGCUGAAGGAGUCAUUCCUGAUGAGACUAAGGCUUUGUCUCUGUUGGCCCCGGCUAACGCAGUGGCAGGUCUUCUGCCUGGUGGCGGACUCCUCCCUACACCCAACCCACUCACCCAGAUUGGCGCCGUUCCAUUGGCUGCUUUGGGAGCUCCCACUCUGGACCCUGCCCUUGCUGCACUGGGGCUUCCUGGAGCAAACUUGAACUCUCAGUCUCUUGCCGCAGAUCAGUUGCUGAAGCUCAUGAGCACCGUGGAUCCCAAGUUGAAUCAUGUAGCUGCCGGUCUUGUUUCACCGAGUCUGAAAUCAGAUACCUCUAGUAAAGAGAUAGAGGAAGCUAUGAAAAGAGUACGAGAAGCACAGUCCCUGAUUUCUGCUGCUAUAGAACCAGAUAAGAAAGAGGAAAAAAGAAGGCAUUCAAGAUCAAGAUCGCGUUCUAGGAGAAGGCGGACUCCCUCAUCCUCUAGACACAGGCGAUCACGAAGCCGGUCAAGGAGGCGAUCACAUUCUAAGUCGAGGAGUAGAAGACGAUCAAAAAGCCCAAGACGGAGAAGAUCCCACUCCAGAGAGAGAGGCAGAAGGUCAAGGAGUGUGUCAAAAAACAGAGACAAAAAGAAAGAAGAUAAAGAAAAGAAACGCUCCAAAACACCACCAAAAAGUUAUAGCACAGCCAGACGUUCCAGAAGUGCAAGCAGAGAGAGACGGCGACGAAGAAGCCGCAGUGGAACAAGAUCUCCCAAAAAGCCUCGAUCGCCUAAGAGAAAAAUGUCUCGCUCCCCAUCCCCUAGAAGACAUAAAAAGGAAAAGAAGAAAGACAGAGACAAAGAACGAAGCAGAGAUGAAAGGGAACGAUCCACAAGCAAAAAGAAAAAGAGUAAGGACAAGGAAAAGGACCGGGAACGAAAAUCCGAGAGUGACAAGGACGUGAAAGUCACACGGGACUACGAUGAAGAGGAGCAGGGCUAUGACAGCGAGAAAGACAAGAAAGAGGAGAAGCAGCCAGCCGAGGCGGAUUCCCCGAAGAUGAAGGAGAGCUCCGUGGAGAAGGCGGCCGGCGACGCGCUGCGAGAGUCCAAGGUGAACGGGGACGACCACCACGAGGAGGACAUGGACAUGAGCGACUGAGCGCCGCCGCGGGCCUCCUGUGGACGGACGGACGGGCGGGCGUCGGUGUCAUUCCUCUGUGCUCAAGCCACACGCGUACAGCUCUGAGUUCCAGAUGCUUCCGAAUCUCCCGAUGGGGACAGCAGUUACUGCCACCCGAAGAAGCCUUGUAGAAACGGUACCUGGGAAGCGGCUCUCGCCCUGGUGAGGUCCGAGGAGCAGCCUGGCGGUCUCCGUCACAGAGCGACCGCUGCAUGCGCCCACAGCAGGCGUGGGGUCUGUGUCGUGUGAGCCCCUUCCCUCAGUACGUCCGUCACUUAGAGUCUAGCGUUCGGUUUGUUGCCGUUAUAGAGCCAUGUAGGGAAUGCACUGAUUGCAUGUUAUUGUAACUGUCGUUAAAACCCUCCACAGGAUGGAUCUGCUUGUGGUCUUGUUUGUUGACAUGACAAAAUAACAUUCUUAGUUACAUCCGGAAAUGAGCAUUUGAAAUAGAUAAUCCUUUAAGCCUUGUGGCUCGAUUUUUGUGGCUUUUGUUUAACUUUGAAAGGUUAUAUAUGCACUAACCUUUUUUGAUGGCUAAUUAGGCUUUAAUUACAGAAACAAGAUUUCACAUAAAACUGUCUUUGGCGGUGAGUAAAUAGCAACACAUUUUGAAGUAGAGUUGUAUACGUUUUCAUAGGUGUUUGGAAAUUUUUUUCCUGAAAUAAUUUAUUCCACCUCCACAUCAUUAAAAGCUAUCCGCCUUUCCCAAGUCCACCUUUAAAGGAAUUUAAUCUUUUGUCCUGAUUUUCAAUUUUCCACUUUUAUUGUUUUAAGCUGCGUUGGAAAAAAAAAAGGGGAUAGUGCGUUUUAAAUUGAUCAUCAUACUUUUAAAACAAAUCUACUUGAUAAUGUACUUUUAUUUGAUCUCAAGUUGUAUAAAACCAAUAAAUUUGUGUUCUUAUUCCUGCAGUAGUAACCUUCAUGCACAGUGAUGAUCUAUCUGCAAAGUAGUUAGCAACUGUUUUCUUAGUUACAGGAGUUUCAAGCUUUACUUUUGUGCAGUAAAAACAAAAGUAGGCUACAGUCUGUGCCAUGUUGAUGUACAGUUUCUGAAAUUGUUUUACAAGACUUUGAUAAUAAAACCCUUAAAGUUAUGUUCCUGUUCCUGUAAAA